AUGAAGCGAGAUAUAGCGGAGUUUGUGGGAAUGUGUCUUACAUGUCAGCAGGUGAAGAUAGAGCAUCAGAGGCCCAGUGGAUUGUUACAGCUGUUAGAUAUUCCGAUUUGGAAGUGGGAAAAGAUAACCAUGGAUUUUGUGACCGGUUUACCAAGGACUUUUAGGAAGAAUGAUGUCAUAUGGGUGGUAGUUGAUAGACUUACUAAAUCUGCUCAUUUUUUGCCUAUUCGAGAGACUACUCCUGUUCAUGAGUUGGCGGAGAUUUUUCAUAGGGAUAUUGUUAGACUUCAUGGUAUGCCUGUAUUUAUAGUUUCUGACAGAGAUACGAGAUGGCACGCAAGUAUUGGCAUGCCACCAUUUGAGGCUUUGUAUGGUAGGCUGUGUAGGGCACCGACUUGUUGGGAUGAGGUUGGAGUGAGAGAUAUUGAAGGGCCAGAGUUGGUUAGAGUGACAAAUGAGAAGGUGGCACAGGCUAGAGAAAAUUUCCAAAAGGCUCAAUCACGUCAAAAGAUUUAUGCAGAUCAGAAGAGAAAGUUUGGUGGGUUUCAUCCCGGUGAUCAUGUGUUCUUGAAGGUGUCUCCUUGGAAGGGUGUUAAGCGUUUGGGUUUGAAGGGGAAGCUUAGUCCGAGAUAUGUGGGUCCUUUUGAUGUUAUAGAGAGAGUGGGUGUGGUAGCCUAUAGAGUUGCUUUGCCACCACAGUUAUCUCAUGUGCAUAAUGUGUUUCACGUGUCUGUUCUGAAGGGCUACAAGUAUCAUCCGUUUCAUGUAGUUUAA